AUGCACGCAUACACACGCGCAAGAGAAACUACGCAGUUGUUAUUCAUCGAUUUCUACGCAAUACUGAUUUGUAUUUUCUUUCUUUUUUUAUCCUUCUCAUUACCACCGUUUUUUUUUUUGUUGACGCCAUUCUUUCCUUUCACUGUUUCUUUUCUUUCUUCUCUUCUUUCUCCUUUUCUUUUUGUUUGUUCGUUCACUUGUUUCACUUUUUUUUCUUUGGGUGAUUAUUUCUUUCUUUUCUUUUUUCUUUCUUUCUAUUUGUCUUUUCUGUAUCCUCUUUUUCUUUCUUUCGUUUUCUUUUUUCUUUCAGUCCUUCUUUUCUGCAUCUUCUUUAUUCGUCUUUCUUUCUUUUUUCUUUCUCCUCUUUCUUUCUUUUCUGCAUCUUCUUUAUUCGUCUUUCUUUCUUUUUUCUUUCUCCUCUUUCUUUCUUUUCUGCAUACUGUUCUUUCUUUCUUUCUUUCUUUCUUUCUUUCUUUCUUUAUCCCCUUCUUUCUUGCUUUCUUUCUUUUCUGUAUUCUCUUCUUUCUUUCUUUCUUUCUUUCUUUCUUUUCUGUAUCCUCUUUCUUUCUUUCUUUCUUUCUUUCUUUCUUUCUUUCUUUCUUUCUUUCUUUCUUUCUUUUCUGUUUCCUCUUUCUUUCUUUCAAUCGAUUCUCCCUGGUGGUGCCAUCACAAAUAUUCCUAUUUAUUUCACCUGACAGUGUGAUAAUCGUUCAACUCUACAGCGACUCGCUGCGACGUUUUUCAUUAUUGCGGAUGCUGGGGCGGGGGUCUGGCGAGUGA